AAGUAUUUCAUCAUUUUCUUGCAUGUUUAAAUGCUCAACUGAUGACAAUUUUCUGCAUGGUAGAAAGUUUUGAGCAAGUUUGUCAUGUAAAAAUUGUGGACACUGUUCCUUCAUUGUCUAGAUUUAGUCAAGUUUUGCCAAAUUUAAGGUCAAAUCUCAAGAUUAGGUCAGUUGGCUAAGGUAUCGUGUUUAUCUUUUGCAUCUGAGUUUAAGUCUCUAACUCGUAAAUUAGAGUAGUUUAGAGUAUCACUUUCUUUAUUACCAUCUUGCCAUCCAUAGCUUUUAGAAAGUUGGGCAUCUUAUAAUUGUGGACACUUCUUUUUCAUUUUAUAAAUUUAGUAGCGUUAUUAGGUUAAAUUAGUAAUGUAAGGCGGGAGGAAAUCAAUAGAGAUCAAACUCACGCCAAGGUGCAUACGCAUUAUUUCUUUCCACCAAAACGCCAUUUGCUUAUUUUCUAGAUUUGGUCCAAUUUUUCCAAAUUAUAGAUUAGAUCUUGCAUACCUACGUUAGGUCAAUUGGCCAAGGUAAUGUGUCCCGUCCAAUCGAACCCAAGUUUGAAUCGCCUCACCCGUAGAAGAAAAAAAAUGGUGAAGAUCUGCUGCAUUGGAGCUGGCUAUGUUGGGGGUCCAACAAUGGCAGUGAUUGCCCUGAAGUGCCCUGCCAUCGAAGUGGCGGUGGUGGACAUCUCCGUGCCCAGAAUCGCGGCCUGGAACAGCGACCAGCUCCCCAUUUAUGAGCCAGGUCUUGAUGAGAUUGUGAAGCAAUGCAGAGGAAAGAACCUCUUCUUCAGCACUGCUGUCGAAAAACAUGUCGCUGAGGCGGACAUUAUCUUCGUUUCAGUUAACACCCCAACGAAAACCAGGGGUCUUGGAGCCGGCAAGGCUGCUGACUUGACAUACUGGGAAAGCGCAGCCCGAAUGAUCGCUGAUGUUUCAAAAUCCGACAAGAUUGUUGUCGAGAAAUCAACUGUCCCGGUGAAAACCGCCGAGGCGAUUGAAAAGAUUUUGGCACAUAAUAGCAAGGGAAUCAAGUACCAGAUUCUCUCCAACCCGGAGUUUCUUGCCGAGGGGACAGCAAUUGAGGAUCUUUUCAAGCCCGACCGCGUGUUGAUUGGAGGGAGGGAAACCCCGGAUGGCCAGAAGGCAAUCCAGGCAUUGAAGGCAGUGUACGCGAAUUGGGUUCCGGAAGACAGAAUCAUAACAACCAAUCUGUGGUCAGCUGAGCUAUCAAAGCUCGCCGCGAACGCCUUCCUGGCGCAGAGGAUCUCGUCUGUGAAUGCAAUGUCAGCUCUCUGUGAGGCCACCGGAGCGAAUAUCUCUGAAGUUUCCCAUGCUGUUGGCAAGGACACCAGAAUUGGACCGAAAUUUCUCAAUGCCAGCGUUGGAUUUGGCGGGUCUUGCUUUCAGAAGGACAUUCUCAACUUGGUCUACAUCUGUGAAUGCAAUGGCCUCCCUGAAGUUGCAGACUAUUGGAAACAAGUGAUCAAGGUGAACGACUACCAAAAGAGCCGCUUCGUGAACAGGGUUGUCUCUUCGAUGUUCAACACUGUUUCGGGUAAAAAGAUUGCGAUUCUUGGAUUCGCAUUCAAGAAAGACACCGGGGACACAAGGGAGACCGCUGCCAUUGAUGUUUGCAACGGGCUGUUGGGGGACAAGGCGCACUUGAGCAUAUAUGAUCUGCAGGUUACUGAGGAACAGAUUCGGAGGGAUCUUUCGAUGAAGAAGUUUGAUUGGGACCAUCCACUUCAUCUGCAGCCAAUGAGCCCUGCCGCGGCCAAGGAAGUGAGGGUCGCUUGGGACGCUUACGAGGCAGCAAAGGGCGCUCAUGGGAUCUGCAUUCUCACCGAGUGGGACGAGUUCAAGACACUCGAUUACAAGAAGAUUUACGACAGCAUGCAGAAGCCUGCAUUUUUGUUCGAUGGGAGGAAUGUGGUUGAUGCUGGGAAGCUGAGAGAGAUCGGAUUCAUCGUGUAUUCGAUCGGAAAGCCGUUGGAUUCUUGGCUCAAGGACAUGCCUGCUGUGGCAUAAGAUGUGGAGAUUUUCUUGCAGCUGCAGGAGCACAAGUGAUUCAUUGAAUUUCUUCUUUUCACCUCAUGUUUUUACUUUCCUGUUGUCUCAGACAGUGUGACAUUAUUACUUUUUUUUUUUUGGUAUCCUUUGGUCCUUAUGAGAAUAAACAGAAAAUUUUAUUAGAUCAAGUAAAUCGAUAAUUUAGUGAA